AUGAAUCUCAUGAACGACCCGCGAGAAAGCGUCGUGAACGACAACCACCAAAAGUCCGACGUGCUGCUCCCCGGCUACGAGCUGAUCGAGAAGAUCGGCGCGGGCGGUUACGGCGAGGUGUGGAGCGCCAUGGCGCCGGGCGGGCUGCACAAGGCGGUCAAGUAUGUCUUCGGCAAUGAGUUCGACAAGCGCGCCAUCAGCGAGAUGAACGCGCUGCAGAAGGUGAAGUCGGUGCGGCACCCGUUCUUGCUCUCGCUCGAGCGGAUCGAGGUGGUCGACGGCCGGUUGAUAGUGGUGUCGGAGCUCGCCGACGGCAGCCUGCGCGACCGCUUCCGUGAGUGCUUCGCGGAGGGUCUCCCGGGCAUCCCGCGCGACGAGCUGCUCGGCUAUCUAGCCGACGCCGCCGACGCGCUCGACUACCUUGCGGAUCGGCAUGAGCUGGCGCACCUCGACAUCAAGCCCGAGAACCUGCUGCUCGUGGCGGGGCACGUCAAGGUGGCCGACUUCGGCCUCGUGAAGAGCCUGAGUCUCCAGACGCAGGCGUCGCUGGUGGGCGGCAUGACGCCCGCGUACGCAGCGCCCGAGGUGUUCCGCGGUGUGCCGACUCGCCAUAGCGAUCAGUACAGCCUAGCGAUCCUCUACCAAGAGAUGCUGACGGGCGCCCCGACGUUCGCCGGCGCCAACGCGGCGGAGCUGACGCUGCAGCACAUGAAGGACGACCCGGACCUCCGCUCGCUCGGCGAAGCGGACCGGUUCGCCGUGGCGCGGGCGCUGUCGAAGGACCCCGCGAACCGUUUCGACUCGGCCCGCGCGUUCGUCGCGGCGUUGCGAUCGCAACCGACUUCCUCGGCGUUCGAUGGCGCGGCGUGCAACGUUGCGAGCCCUCUCGAAAGCCGUGAAGCUUUCGCGGCCCCGGCGGCGAAUCGUUUCUCGGUCACCGAGGUCUUCGAGGACAACCCGGCCGAAACGGGUCCUGGCAGGUCGGAGCUCGCGACGGUGCGGCCCGCGCCGCUCGUCAUGCCCAAGCCAAGCGAGGUCUCGGCGCCCGACGCCGACGCCUCGCCCUUCGCCGCGGCGCCGGCGGUCUUCAUCGGCGUCGGCGGGACCGGCGCGCGGGUGCUCCGCGCCUUGCGCGCGCAGAUGCGCGAGCGUCUCGGCGCCACCGCGCCGUUGCCAGCGGCACCGAUGCUGCUCUUCGAUACGGACUCGCAAACGCUGGCCGCGUACCGCGACAAGUCGGAGCUGCUGCUGCGUUGGCUCGGCCGCCGCUGGUUGUACAACGUCCCGCGCUCGCUACAGACCGAGGGCAUCCGCCCGCUCGGUCGCCUGGCGCUGGUAGACCACGCGCGCCAAGCGUUCCAACGACUGCGAUCGGUGGUCUCCGGCGCGAUCGAGCCCGACAGCCGCGACGCCUCGACCGAGGCGAUUGGCCUCUCGUUCGAUCAACCCGGGUUACGGGUGUACGUUGUCGGUUCAACGGCCGGCGGGACCGGGUCGGGCAUGUCGAUCGACAUCGCUUACGCGGUGCGUUCGAUUGUGAAGCGACUAGGCGUCGAGGACGCGACGGUCAUCGGUGUGAUGACGCACUCGACUUUCCGAGAGACCAGCCGAUCCGAACUCGCCCGGGUGAACUCUUACGCCUGGCUCAGCGAGUUUGAGCAGUUCCGCCAGAGCGAUCAGGGCUACCCAGGCGACUCGAGUGUUGGGCUGCCCGAACACGAACGCGGCGUCGAGGCGUUCGACCACACUUACUUCGUGCCGCUGGGCGAGCAGAUCGAUACGCCCGCGCUGGAGUCCGCCGCCGAAGCGGUUGCGGAGUACCUGUUCGCCGACGCGUUCACCACGGGGCAACGCCUGCUCGACGCGUUCCGCGCCCAGCGCGCGGACGCCAAGGGUUCGACGCUGCGUUCGUUCGCCGUCCGUCACCGCGACAGCCAAGGCGAUACGACACUCAGCCCGCUGGAAAGCACUGCGGUUUCGCGGAUGCUUGAUCGGUGGGUCGGCGUCACCACAGACGAGCCCACAACGACAGACCUCAACUCAACCGACCAAGUGGUGCACGGCGCUGUGGCGUUCUUGGGUCGCACGCAACUCGACGCCUCGACACUUGCGUCGAACUGCCGCUCGAUCCUGGAAGCGUCGCUGGGCGGCGACGCGUCGGCGUACUUCGAGGCCCGCUUCGGCGCCGAUCGGUCGCGCAACCUCGCCGCGCUCGGCGGCAAGAUCGAUGAAGGCUUCGGGAUCGUCUCCACCGACGAUGAACCGACCAAGCUCGAACAGAAAGAGAUCGACACGGUCAUCGAGCCGAUCGUCAACAAGCUGGCGGAAGAGUCGAUCGCCUGGACGAUCGGCCGCGUCAACGACACGCAAGAACGCCUCGAGGGCGCGGAUCGGGCGAUCCGGUGGCUCGAGGAUCACUUGAAUGCCGUCGAGGCCGACCUGCAGAAGGUGAUGGCCAACGUCGUGGCGGAUCGCGCGCGUGUUGUUAAGAACAACGCCAAGGGCGACAAGUUUAAGCUUUUCCGUCUGAGGCUCGAUCACGCCGCACUGGUCGCCGCCCGCCGGAUCAGCCAGCGGUUGCGUGAACAAUUGCGGGAGCUGCCGGCCGAGCUGACAACGCUAAGGGACGUGAUCGAGUCGUUGCGUCCGGCAGUGAACCUUGAGGCGUUGGACGCCCCGCCGUCGGAGAUCGAGCGGUUCUCGAUCGCGCUCGAGCAGCGUCUGCAGGCGGAUUACCUGACGUCGCACGGGGGGCUGCUCGGCGCACUCGCCGAAGAGACCCGCUCGCCAUCGCUGGCGGGGACGAUCGCUCACGGCGCGAAGCGGGUCGCCCGCGACGGGGCAAACGCCUCUCGGGCCGCCGCCGACGCCGCUUUGACGGCCGGCUUUGCCGAACCACCGCUGCAGGAUUGCGGCGGCGACUACUGCCAUCUGACGAUCCAGCAAACGUCGCCCACCGACACCACCGAGGAGAGCGAGCUGCUGCUCGUCACCGAGAUGGCGGGCGUCUCGCUGCCGCACCUCGCCGCGUCGCUGAUUGGCGGACGCCGUGACUACGCCGCGUACGCCGAGCGCGUCCGCACACGUCGUGACAUCGAGUGGCGCGACCCUGUUCUGUCGGCAGACAAGACGCCUUCGCCGCUGGUCUCGACGGUCGGCGUCUGCGCCGGCCCGAUGGUGACCGCCGUCCUUUAA